CUGGCCUCCCAGUUCCCAUCAGCUGAUGUUGCUCUCCUGACAGCAGCACCCCUGAUUAAAGCAGUCUGCAACUUCAAACAGGUGAUCAUACACAGAAAGACUAGCUAUCAUGAUUAUUGAAUUGUGUCAAAGAUAAAAGUUAUAUUCUACUAGACUAUAUUCUAUUAUAGACUACUAAUCUGUUCAAAAUAACAUUUGUUUAUGAGUUAAUACUAUAGCUAUGUCUACAAUAGAUCUGUCCAUAGUUCAUCCAGUAAUUCCUUAUGCCCUAACGGUAACCCAUACACUCCCCUCCCUGGCCAGGUAUCUAAAACGCUGGAGGAGUUUGAUGUGGAGGAGAGGCCCUCCAGUGUUCUAGAGGAAAAGUACCCCAACCUGAGAGUCAUCCAGUCUGCAGUGAAGGCCCUUCAUGCACAACAACACGUGAGUUUAAAUAGUAAACACACACAGGCUGAAAUGCAUUAGAUUAGGCUAAUAUAUGGUAUAUUUAUAAUAAUGUAUACAGUUAUAUUAUAGAUAUCUAUAUUAAUAUAACCUUUAAAACGUAUUAAUGUACACUACAUGACCAAAAGUAUGUGGACACCUGCUCGUCGAACAUCUCAUUCCAAAAUCAUGGGCAUUAAUGUGAAGUUGGUCCCCCCUUUGCUGCUAUAACAGCCUCCACUCUUCUGGGAAGGCUUUCCACUAGAUGUUGGAACAUUUAGCCACGAGCAUUAGUGAGGUCGGGCGAUUAGGCCUGGCUCACAGUCGGCGUUCCAAUUCAUCCCAAAGGUGUUCGAUGGGGUUGAGGUCAGGGCUCUGUGCAGGCCAGUCAAGUUCUUCCACACUGUUCUCGACAAACCAUUUCUGUAUAGACCUCGCUUUGAGCAUGGGGGCAUUGUCAUGCUGAAACAGGAAAAGGCCUUCCCCAAACUGUUGCCACAAAGUUGGAAGCACAGAAUCGUCUAGAAUGUCACUGUAUGCUGUAGCGUUAAGAUUUCCCUUCACUGGAACUAAGGGGCCUAGCCUGAACCAUGAAACACAGCCCCAGACCAUUAUUCCUCCUCCACCAAACUUUACAGUUGGCACUAUGCAUUCAGGCAGGUAGCAUUCUCCUGGGGUCCGCCAAACCCAGAUUUGUCCAUCGGACUGCCAGAUGGUGAAGCGUGAUUCAUCACUCCAGAGAGCGCGUUUCCACUGCUCCAGAGUCCAAUGGCGGCGAGCUUUACACCACUCCAGCCGAUGCUUGGCAUUGCACAUGGUGAUCUUAGGCUUGUGUGCGGCUGCUCGGCCAUGGAAACCCAUUCCAUGAAGCUCCCGACAAACAGUUCUUGUGCUGACGUUGCUUCCAGAGGCAGUUUGGAACUGAGUGUUGCAACCGAGGACAGACGAUUUUUAGGCGCUUCAGCACUCGGCGGUCACGUUCUGUGAGCUUGUGUGGCCUACCACUUCGCGGCUGAGCCGUUGUUGCUCCUAGACGUUUCCACUUCACAAUUCCAGCACUUACAAUUGACCGGGGCAGCUCUAGCAGGGCAGAAAUUUGACGAACUGACUUGUUGGAUAGGUGGCCACGUUGAAAGUCACUGAGCUCUUCAGUAAAGCCAUUCUACUGCCAAUGUUUGUCUAUGGAGAUUGCAUGGCUGUGUGCUCGAUUUUAUACACCUGUCAGCAACGGGUGUGGCUGAAAUAGCCGAAUCCACUAAUUUGAACUGGUGUCCACAUACUUUUGUAAUGCAGUGUACCGUUAGGUCCCAAGCAUAAAUCCCUAUCCAACACUACCACCUUGUGGAUGUCUUUUCGUGAAUUACUAUGUCACCCAUUUCAUACAGAGCAUGCAUACAGUACAGUAUGUGCUAUGAAAAUGCAAGCAUAACGUGAUCUUCCUUCCUGCUUCUCUCAGACUUUGCUGACUGUGGAUGGUCUGGAGAUCCACUAUGAGAAGCUGUGUAUCUGUAGCGGGGGCAGACCCAAACUCCUUACCCAAUGUGCUGGGGAUACGAGACACAGACAGUGCCCAGGUACUUUACAAUGGCUUCCCAGUACAGAUUUGUUUCUUUAGCACCCAUUCACUUCAGUUAAUCUAGUACUCAUGAUGUCUUUUGUGCUGGCAGGAGUUUCAGAAGCGGUUAUCCAAAGCCAAGCAAAUUGUAGUCGUUGGAAACGGAGGGAUUGCCUUGGAACUAGUGUGAGUAUAUCGACAUUCUGCCAUUCGUUUGUCUGAAUUGGUCUUGUUCUAAAAUCUCAUAUAUUAUAGUUAAAUGUACUGUAUAUUGUGUUCAGGUAUGAGGUGGAAGGUUGUGAGGUGAUCUGGGCAGUGAAAGACAAGGCCAUAAGAAACACCUUCUUCGACGCGGGAGCUGCCCAGUUCCUCAUCCCCUCCCUGGACACAGACAAACCAGAGAGAGCUGCUACCUGUAAGAGGGCUCGCUACACAAUAGAGGGGCCUGCAGCUACGCAGGGCCUUGCUGUAGGUGGAGGUAGCGACAGACAAGGCCAGAGUAGAGGGUUGGAGGAGCCAGGCAGUGCCCUGGGACCAGACUGGCAUGAAGGCAUCAGUCUGAGAGGAGCAGAGGAGGUCAGUGUGCCUCUGUGUGUUCACAAUUAUAGAACACAACUUUAAUAUUAUAUUGUUUUAGUAAAACAAUUGUAUUAGUUUAUAGAUGGUUUAUGAAUCUGUUAUAAACAGAUAUAACACGUUGGUUGAAAUGUGUCCAUCCAGAGAUGGGAAUUUGUCUGGAACGGGGAAAGAAAGGUCAGCCUGGAGUUCAUAGUAAUAGUAAUUCAAAGUAGCCCAAGUUGUUUUAACUCUUGCUGUGGCCAGGUGUCUCACAGGGUGUCAGUGGAGUACCAGUCUGAGGUGAAACAGAUCUACACUCACCAGGACUUCCUGCUGUCACCACUUGCCUUACAGACAGCAGACACUGGUGGGAGGAACCUAUGACUCUAUGACAAUGGAACAUAUACCAGUGUGAAAGAGAUGGAAAUAAGUGACUGAAUAUGAUGUGCUGAAAAUGUGUUCAUUUCCAUUAAUCAAAUAAUGAAUUAUACUGAACAAAAAUAUAAACGCAACAAUUUCAACGAUUUUACUGAUUUUCAUAUAAGAAAAUCAGUCAAUUGAAAUAAAUAAAUUAGGCCCUAAUCUAUUGAUUUCACAUAUGAUUACAGAUAUGCAUAUGUUGGUCACAGAUACCUUUUUUAAAAAAGGUAGGGGUGUGGAUCAGAAAACCACCAUUUGACUCAUGCAUCGUGACACAUGUCCUUCACAUAGAGUUGAUCAGGCUAUUGAUUGUGGCCUGUGGAAUGUUGUGUCCCACUCCUCUUCAAUGGCUGUGCGCAGUUGUUGGAUAUUGGCGGAAACACGCUGUCGUACACGUCGAUCCAGAGAAUCCCAAAAAUGCUGAAUGGGUGACAUGUCUGGUGAGUAUGCAGGCCAUGGAAGAACAGGGACAUUUUCAACUUCCAGGAAUUGUGUACAGAUCCUUGCGACAUGGGGACGUGCAUUAUCAUGCUGAAACAUGAGGUGAUGGCGGCAGAUGAAUGGCUUGACAAUGGGCUUCAGGAUCCCGUCACAGUAUCUCUGUGCAUUCAAAUUGCCAUCGAUAAAAUGCAAUUUUGUUCGUUGUCCAUAGCUUGGGGCACUCUGUUCACAACGUUGACAUCAGCAAACCGCUCGCCCACACGAUGCCAUACACGUGGUCUGCGGUUGUGAGGCCGGUUGGACGUACUGACAAAUUCUCUAAAAUGACGUUGGAGGCGGCUUAUGUUAGAGAAAUUAACAUUCAAUUCUCUGGCAACAGCUCUGGUGGACAUGUUUGCAGUCAGCAUGCCAAUUGCACACUUCUUCAAAACUUGAGACAUCUGUGGCAUUGUGUUGUGUGACAAAAUUGCACAUUUUAGAGUGGCGUUUUGGCCCCAGCACAAGAUGCACCUGUGUAAUGAUCAUGCUGUUUAAUCAGCUUCUUGAUAUGCCACACCUGUUAGGUGGAUGGAUUAUCUUGGCAAAGGAGAAAUGCUCACUAACAGGGAUGUAAACAAAUUUCUGCACAAAAUUUGAGAAAAAUACGCUUUUUGUGCAUAUGGAAUAUUUCCGGGAUCUUUUAUUUCAGCUCAAGAAAACAUUACAUUUGACAUUUUAGUAGACACUCUUAUCCAGAGCGACUCACAGUUAGUGAGUGCAUAAAUUUUUCAUACUGGCCCCCCGUGGGAAACGAACCCACAACCCUGGUGUUGCAAGCGCAUUGCUCUACCAACUGAGCUACAGGGGACUUUACAUGUCGCGUUUAUAUUUUUGUUCAGUGUAGUUCAUUUAUCUUUUCAUCACUGUACUGUUUCCCCCUACUAUAGGCUCUUGGCCAGUGUACGCUCAGCUGACCAAUGGGAAGACGUUUGGCUGUGACUUCAUCGUCAGUGCCACAGGAGUCGUGCCAAACACUGAACCUUUUCUCCAUGGAAACCACGUAAGGAAAAUAAGUAAAACAGAUGCUAGAUGUUUCAUGUCAUCCAUUGUUUCAUGACAACUCAGGCCACUUCUACUCAGAAGCAAUAUUUACCAAUAUUUGUCCAUACAUAUUCUGUUCAGUUUGCGUUGGCUGAGGACUGGGUAGAGAGUGGACGACCACAUGAUGACAUCAGAACCAGACAUUUACGCUGCUGAAGACGUAUGUACAGCAGGCUGGGAGCCAAGCCACCUCUGCCAGCAGGUAAACAGACCACACUGAAUCUCUUUUAAUCACGUUAUGCUGCGCCUGACUAUUCCUUUGGGUAUGAGGCCUUUGGAUUUUGUGGUGAACUAUCCUGUCAUCAAUUCAGUUGCGAUAUAUGACAUGAUAUCCUGUAUACAUCUCUCUGUAGAUGCGUUUGUGGACGCAGGCUCGUCAGAUGGGCUGGUACGCAGGGCGAUGUAUGGCUGCUGAUGUCCUGUCUGAAACCAUAGAGCUGGACUUCUGCUUUGAACUCUUCUCUCACAUUACAAAGUUCUUCAACUACAAGGUGUGUGAAGGCAAAGUUGCAAUGCCUUUCUACAUCAGUUGUUUAUGUGUUGAAUCUGCUUUAAUGGUGUGUUCCCUGCAACUAGAUGAAUUUCCUGUCACGUUGUAAUAAUAAAUCAUCACUUGACUUGAAAUGCUAAAUAAUGUGUGACCACUUGCUGUGCUGUUUUUCCUCCAGGUGGUUCUGCUGGGGAAGUUUAACGGCCAGGGUCUGGGUCUGAACCAGGAGUUGUUGGUGCGCUGUACCAAGGGCCAUGAGUACAUCAAGGUGGUGCUGAGCGGAGGGAGGGUGUUGGGAGCAGUCCUUAUUGGAGAGACUGAUCUGGAGGAGACCUUUGAGAACCUCAUCCUCAACCAGAUGGACCUAACACCCUACGGAGAGAAGAGCUACUCAACCCCAACAUAG